AUGUCGACCUCGACUUCCAAUCUGGUGCUAGCAAAAGUGAGUGGUGAAAAGGAGAUGUUUAACAAUAAAGUUAGCAAGCAAAUAGUCUCGACGAGGCAAAAAUCAAAAGCGGCUCCUAAAAGCGCAACAAGAUGUUCAGCACAGGCUUCACGUGCAUUAAAGGCAUGCGAUCUAUGCCGAAAACAAAAAACCAGGUGUCUUCGAUCACCAGACAAACCCAACUCCUGUGUACGAUGCAGUUUUAUCAACAAGGUGUGCUCAUUUCAGUCAGAAGCACUAGACGAUCUAGAGGAGAACGAGACUACUAAUUCCAACGGCAUUUCCAAUGAUGGACUGAACAAUAGGAAUUUGUUGCGAAGUAGUGGAGAUAAAUUGGACAUUAUUUUGUAUAAAGUAAAUGAGCUCCUCGCAAUAGCAAGAGGUCACCAAGGAACUUUAACAAGUCCAACAAAAAUAGGGACAGAUGGGAAAUUGGGAGUGACGGAGACAGUGGAUACAACGAAUUCAAUGAAUUCAGUAGAGGCAAUGGAGGCAAUGGGGCGAUCUGGGUCACGUGCACUGAUGAUCAGUUCAGAAUUGGGAGCCAUUGAUGGCCUUUCAGCUCUUUCAAAGAGCGGUGUACGAUUGGGUAUUGAGACUGGGAAAUUUAGCCAGUCAAACUCUAAUUGUGCUACAGAGACAGAUACAGAGACUGAUGAUAUGAUGCAAGAAGAAUUUAGUUUUGAUACCAAAUCCACAACACUAAAGACUUCCCCAUUUUCAAUCAUUGCAAGAGAAACUGGAUUUGCAUCAAAUAAAACUUUAGAUGGAACCAGUACACACGGCUCAUCCAAUAUACUUUUGAUGCCAAUGAUGAAGAUAAUGUUUUCGACACCGAAAAGAAAAAAUGACAACAAAGUAAAUAAUUCUACUUUGGUUGAUGAAGUUUUGACAAACGUACAAGUUCUUGAACUAGUUGAAGAUUUUAGGCGCAAUUAUGGCCGGUGGGUGUCAUUUCCUUCUACUCUUUCGACUGCAAAACUUGUUCAAGACCUCAGACAAAGCUCACCCUUAUUACUAACUACUUGCUGCAUAACAAGCUUUCGAUACUCUGUAUUUGAAAACAAGGAAACGAUUGAAAUCUUUCAAAAAUUAGCCAAAGUUUUGGUGUACGAGUUGAAAGAUGCGCUUUUUAAAUAUACGUGCUACACAGAUAAUGAAUUUGGUGUAGUUGAAUUUCUACAAAGCUUGGUGGUUCUCAGUAUAUACGCAUCUUCCAUAACUUCAUUGGUUGGCAGUGUCUCGAAAUUAAGUAUGGAAGAUCCUGAGCUUUCUGAUUUUCACCUUGAUGCGUGGCAGCUAUCAAGUAUUGGUUUAACUACGUUUUUAACAAGAUCAACUUUCCAAUUGUUUCAAAUCAAUACAAAGAAAACAGUUGUAGCACUUGAUAAAAAAGCGAAUGCAAACCAAAAAAUAAAAGUAAACCUGAAACUGGACUUGCACUUGAACUUGAAUCAAGGUUCAGCUUUCAAUCUGGAUAAGCAACAACAGUUACCAUCACAAAACGGAAAAUAUGAGACACUCACCAUAUUGCGGAUCUUCAACCAUCUAUGCUUAGUUCAUAUUAUUCAUUCAGUAUUUUCAGCAAGAGCAGCGGUGUUGGAUGACGAAAGAAUAAAUUUUUGCGAUUCUGCUUUGAAUUUGUUUAAUGCAACAAACUUUGAUGGGAGAAUGGUUGCCGAGAUUGGUGUGCUAUAUCUCACGUACAAAUACCUUCAACUAAAUAGUAAAAACAGUAUUGUUACUGCAUCCAGCGAAAAAAGUCUGGCCCAGAUUGAACUUGAGUAUGAGCAAGUAUUCCAAGAGUUAAAAAAUUGGCACAAUAGGUGGGAGUAUCUUCUCGAGCAACCAGCAAUGCAAUUUGUUGAGUUUACAUUCAAUUUCUGCUCGAUGCUUAUUCAUUAUGUGCAUAUAUAUCAACUUUCAUACUCGCGUCAGAAUAUGCAAGCAACAAAGAAUACAUCAGCAACACCUACAUCAACUGCUGAGAGUUCUAUACCAUUAUCAUCAACUUCUUCAUCAACUACAUCAACAGCAUAUUCUCGACCUGAUUCUGAGUCGUUGUCCAUUUUGUUACGCCUGGCCGAUACAGACACUUUGAUUAAAAUGCACAGCUGCGCGCAAUAUGUGAUUGAUCAUGCAAACGGCAUCGAGAACGACCUGUAUUUUGCAUAUCUUUCCGAUCAAAUUCAUUUUUGCUGCUACUUUUGUGCAUUAUUUUAUAUUCAACUCGAGUCAAUUUUACAGGAGCGAGUAAAUACAAAGACUAUCGAUAUUGCAGGGCUAAAAGAGUUUACGAAACAAAGUCACGAGCAACUGAUACUGGAUAUACAACAGCUCUUUUUGAGAUUCGAAAGAAUCGCUAUAGAGACAGAAGAUGACAACCCCUCUAGAUAUGCCACUGAUUUGAAAGACUGGUGUUUGAAAUUAUUUCAAUUAAAAUUGAGAAAUCAGAGUUGA